AUGGCGGGGGACCUGAACCUGCCGCUCGAACCCCGCCUGGACACCUCCAGAGGCACAAGCGCGGUGCCCGCACACUGCAUACAUACAACUCUGUGGGCCCUGAGCAGGCUGGGGCUGGUGGACUGCAGGAGGGCUAGUCACCCGGAUGACCGAGACUACACCCAUUACUCGGCGGUCCACUCGCACUACAACCGCAUUGACUACAUAUUCCUUGCGCAAGAAUUUCUGACUCUACUGCAUAAUACCGACAUCGAGCUGAUGGAACACUCCGAUCAUGCACCUGUGGUGGCUCGCACAAGAUCCCCACUGUUUAAACCUAGAGAACGACAGUGGAAACUUAAUGAGUCCCUUCUCGACGAUCUCGAACUCAAGACCACG